AUGAUACCAGAAGCCGCGAUGCGAAGAAUGUCUCUACAAGAGACGUCCGAGAAUGAUCAACCAGACACCGAGGAGCAUCAACCGGACAACAUAGAUACCGAGCCUUCCGUGGCUCAGCACAUACCAAUCCCCCGAGAGAACCUCCACUUUGAUUUCGACGACAAUGCCCCGGCCGUAUCCUCUAUCGCCUUCCUCGUCAUCAUGCUCGAGCCAGAAGCGCCAGGAGAGAAGUGUCAGUGGACCUUUGCGAUGCGCAACUAUACAACCGACAUGUGGCACAGCCAAGUCUUGUACGUGUCGCCCGGGCCAGAGCCCGAGUUGAGCGUCGACGUACAUCAUCACGACCCGAGAGAACUACCCAACUACGUCGAGAUGAUCAUCUUCAAGGAACGCAUGAUCCCACACCGAACCGCCGCGAGGAUCAUAGAUGCCUGCAUGGCCGUGAAGAUCCCUGAUUGCGCCCAUCGAGAAUGUCCCAGCGCUGACUACGUUUUGGAUGUUGUCGCCGAGUUGGAGAGGCUCGGGGCAAUCGACCUAUUUGACAUGCACGAGUUGUUGACCCAGACGGCAAAGUUUGGUAUCAAUCCGCUCGAAUCGGACGAGGAGGUGGUGGAAGGGGGUGAAUAG